GAAGUGCCAUAUUGAGUUUGAUGUUUAUUCUAUUCGGGAAAAAAAAAAAAAAUACCGACUGAUAGAUUAUUAUAUCAUACCAAUUCUCAUCUUGAUCUUAAACAUGUUUGAUCAUAUUCAAUUAGAGAACUUGAUGUCAUCGCACUGUACUCGGGGCUUACUCUACGAAUCUUGAGAAAAUUCUGGAUUAGAAGCACCUGAUGCAUUGGAAAAUCAUUAAUUAACAACCUAGAAGGGCAAAACUCUACUGUCGUGGGUUUCACUCCUCCCACCAUAUAAGAAUGUUGAACACCAACGUAUCAAUCACGCCUUGUUGUUACGAGAACUCAUUCAUAGAGAUACGAAGGCACAUUGUUUUUCUUUAUUACGAGGAACACCCUUUACGAAUUGUAUCGACACAAAGCUUACAAAUAGGACAAAUAUCCUAAACAACUUCUCAAAAAAUCCAAGAAUGAUCUAUAAUGUGAUUAGAUUUUUUACUUCAAGUUCAUCAAAACAUUAACAUCAGAUUUUUUUUAUAUAUGUACACAUGUUGUGGCUAUGUCACACCUUUUAGCUUGUGAACAAGAGGUCAUUGUGGUGCUUACCCACUUCCACCUUCACCCAAUUAUUAAUCUAAUAAGAAUUUAACUCUUAACCCUACUUAACACUUAUCUCAACAUUAAAUAAUAUCAAAAUUUGCUGGCCUCCCAUAGUUCUUAGUAGGAAUUUCACCUGGCAUGUUUCAACCUUAUCCAUUCCCUCGUUCACAUAACAAAAAAAUAUAAAAAAAAAUUCCACUACCCAUUAAUAAAUUAUUCAACAAAAGCUUUGGAAAAAGUGGGGGGAAAAUUCCGUCUGGAUUUUGAUUGGUCGCCGGGAGACUUUGUGCCGACGGACGGCGGAAAGAGAUGCGACCUCACAUUCCAUCUACUGAGGCCGACCACACACUAUGACGGCAUAUCGAGCCUACGUGUCGCCGCGCGGCGCCAUAAUUUCUCGAAGCUACCCUCCAGAUCGGCCGCCACGUGUCCCGUCAGACCAACCACCGCCGUCAUUUAAAACGACAAAAAUAACUGAGGGAAGUGGGGCCCCGCCAUUUUAUCCAAAAUAGACUCUUACGUGUCGGCCAGCACGUGAAUUUUUAAAAGUUUCCGUCGGAAAGUACGGACGGAGAGACUCCCGUGAACCAAACGAGCCGGAAAGUUCAACCGGUUCAAACCGUUUUUUCUAUUGCGGUUGAACCAAUUCAAUUCGAUAUCUUGACUUUUUUUUUUUUUGUUGCAAUCAUACGUUAUGUGGAAGUUAGGUUAGCAAUAAUGUUUAUGCUGAGUUAACGAAAUCCAAAUGUUGCGUAAAAUUCUAUCUAAAACGGACCAGACCGGUCCAAUUGAACCCAAGGGGGGAUGAAUCUGUAAAAUCCAAACGACGCAGUCAAAAAACAAGCACGUGCGAGUCGGUCUCCGUACGCGGGUUCUCGGCACGUGCUCUCCGCCGGAAGCGCCACCGUUAAGACCAACCCUCCUUCCUAGGGUUUUCCUCAGAAUCGUCUUUCUUUUCCCCCGAUAAUUUCUCGAUCCCAAAAGAAGGAGGAAAAAAAAAAAAAAAAAAACAACCACCGAACAGAUAACAAACGCGUUCGUUUUCCGUUUUCCUGAGAAAAUUACUUCUCUUUCCCGGGGGAGGAAUUUGUGCCUGUCUCGAAUUUUCCAGGAGCUCGGGCCUGCGGAAUCGAUAGGUGGAUAGACGUUGAUGGUGCAGUUGAUGAGAUCGGAGAACUUCCCGGCCGCCACCGCAAGUGGAUCCCUGUCGUCGGCGAUUGGGAGCAAGGCGGCGCCGGUGAAGCUAGAGAUCGCCGAGGACCCCUUGGAGGAACAGUAUGGCCCUCUGAACAAGCGAUCCAAGACUUCGCAGACUCUUCAACAGUGGGGUGCCGGUGCUAAUGCAUUUCCCGUGCCGCCGGCGCAAUACAAUCCACUCGAUGAGCCGAGUCCUCUGGGGUUGCGGCUCAGGAAGAGCCCAUCGCUGCUGGAUUUGAUUCAGAUGAAGCUCUCUCAGGGUGGUGUUGCUUCGGCGCCGGCGGAAGCUCGGCAGAGCGAGAAACCAAGCUCUGGAGCGAAGAAAGACAAACCGCUGAGUGAUAAGCUCAAGGCUUCGAAUUUCCCGGCCUCUGUGCUGAGAAUUGGGUCAUGGGAGUAUACAGCAAGGUACGAGGGGGAGUUGGUGGCCAAGUGUUACUUUGCGAAGCAUAAGCUCGUGUGGGAAAUUCUUGUUGGUGGUCUCAAGAGUAAGAUAGAAAUCCAGUGGUCUGAUAUCAUGGGUCUCAAGGCGAAUUGUCCAGAAGACGGACCUGGAACUUUGAAUGUUGUGCUUGCCAGACAACCACUUUUCUUCAGGGAAACCAAUCCACAGCCUCGGAAGCAUACAUUGUGGCAGGCUGCUGCAGAUUUCACCAAUGGACAGGCCAGCUUACACAAGCAGCAUUUUCUGCAAUGCCCACAAGGGCUUUUGAACAAACACUUUGAUAAGCUGAUACAGUGUGAUAUGCGGUUGAACUUCUUGAGUCAGCAACCAGAGUUAGUUGUGGAUUCACCCUAUUUUGAAAAGAUGGCAGAUGUCUUUAGUGAGCUAGAUGAAUCCAAUGAUCAUGAACUUAACCAAGUGGAGAAUGGAAGAGGUUCAUCAUUUGCAGCAGCUGGCUUCCAGAAUCUGGCUUCACCAUCAGCUGGUCAUUCAUCCUCCUUGGAUAUGGAUCGAGGGGAUCAUACUGGUACAACAUCAGAACUCAUGUCCCGUGAAGCCCCCUCUCCCAGCUCAGUGAUGGAUACUCAUUCAAUUGAAGGAAGGGGAAACUUCGAGUCUGUGGAUUCACGAGCACCGAGGAAUUGGGAUCAGAUAAAAGUGCCAGGCCUUACACCAUCAAUGUCCAUGAGCGAUCUCAUGAAUCACAUUGGAAACUGUAUUUCAGGCCAGAUGAACUCCGGCAAUACAUCAUCCCUGGCCGCAGAUGGAGAAGAAUGCCAGGAGAUAUUGGAAGACAUAGCUCAAUACCUUCUAAGUGACACCCAAAACACAUCAUCCUCAGAUGAGAAGAGGCUAAUGGCUAGGGUCAACUCUCUCUGCUGCCUCCUGCAGAAGGAUCCCGACUCUUCAUCACAUCAGAAUCUGCAGACCAUUGGAGAGGGAAGCAGCAAUGACUCGGUUUUCCAGCUGAAUCAACCAAGUGGAUUUUUGUUCCCAGAAUUCAAACCAUCUGAAGGGAACAACAUGAAGGAUGCUGUCUCGUCGAGCAUCAAGGCACCAUCAGGGAUGUCGAGAAAAGACUCGUUUGGAGAUCUCCUGCUUCAGCUCCCUCGAAUCGCGUCUCUCCCCAAAUUCCUGUUCCAUAUAUCGGAGGAAGAUGGUGGAGAGAAACAGAGUAGAUGAUAGUCGAGAUAUUGUUCGCCUGAUUUGCAGUUCCAUCCCCCCUAUGAUUGUUGAUAUCAAUGAUAAUAGUUAUUCCCUCUCCUCUUCUUUCUUGUGAUGAAGAUGAUUUGCUUGUUUGUUUGUUUGUUUAAAAUUACAUAUGCAGAUGUCCAAUCUCUUGCUGAUAGGAAGGAUGCUUGAGGAUUUGUUUGAACCCUAAGGGGGUGAAACUGGGAUUCUGAGAUUUGGCUUUGAUGAAGAAUCCCCAGAUUUCCUUCCCGAUGUACAAAAAACAAAGUGGAUAGUACGUUGUAGAUUUGUUACCUCUCUUCUUUCUCUUAGCAUUUCAUAUCAGUACAUAGUUUCAGGAUGUUGUCCUUGUGACUAUAUUCUGGUAGCUGCAGAUUUGAGAGUUCUUCACAUGCUUCUCUGAUCUCAUUCUAUUUGUCAAGUUGUCGAUUCAAAGAUCUUAUAUCCAGAACAAGAACUACCUAGUUCAGGGAUCGACGAAGAUGCUCGUGCCCAUCGAAUUUGAUUAUGCAUCAACGGAGAAGUUUGUUGCUCUUGUGAUAUAUCUUAUUCCAGUUGGCACAAGUAUAUGAUUAUGCAUAGGACCAAAACACUCUAAUUCAACAUAUGCAAUAGAAUCAAUGCCUUAAAAUUCG